AUGGCUGCCCCGAUGGUUAUAGGAAAUCUGCGCAUGCCCAAGGCUCCAUUAGUGCCUCCUCCUACUGAACCUUGCCAAACUUUAUAUGUACACAAUCUGAAUGAAAAGGUCAACCUGGAAGCUCUGAAGAAGGCGCUACGAGCUCUAUUUCAAGAUUAUGGCGAGGUGCUCGACAUUCAAGCUGGGAAAUCACUCUCGAAAAGAGGACAGGCAUUCAUUGUGUUCAAGGAAGUCGACUCUGCGUCAAAGGCAUUGAGAGAAGUGCAAGGAUUUCCGUUAUAUGGUAAACCGAUGGACAUUCAAUAUGCGAGAUCCAAGAGUGAUGCUAUAGCUAAAUUGGAUGGAAGUUUGGAAGAGAACGUCAAGAAGAGAGCUGCUGAAAAGGAAAUACGGGCACGAGAACCAAAGAAACCAAAACCAGCAUCCGAACCCGCCAAAUCAUAUACACCAGCCUUUUGGAAGCCAGACUUAUCUUCCCCCAGCAAAGUCUUGUUUGUGGAGAAUUUAUCGCCGGAUACCACGGAAGCUGCUCUUGUUGCCCUGUUCAAGCAGUUUGAUGGCUUUCUGGAAGUUCGAUUGGUGUCGGGAAAGAAUGUUGCAUUUGUGGAAUAUGAUAAUGAGCAUUUAUCUUCGAUCGCUCUUGCACAGCUACAAGGUCACAAGAUAACAGGAGAUCAUGCUCUCCGCAUCUCGUUCAGAAGGUGA